UUUCUUACGGGAAGUGACUUUUCAGUUUUCUCAGUUUCAGGAAGUGGAGAGAAACACGAUGUAUAGUAUAACGACGAAUGCUUACAAAUUAAAAUUAAAAAGAAAGUCGCAAAGAGUAACGUGUUAAUUACAGGUUCCUUUAUUGUUACUCGUGUGCAAAAACCUUGUGAAGGGAAGCGAUUCAGUUGUGAAGUUCGAGGUCACAAUGAGCCGUGCCCCUCCUAUGCAGCCCCAGAACUGUGGCCCCUGGGAACUUAAGGAGAGACUUGGGACUGGCGGCUUUGGCAAUGUUACCCGCUGGCAGAACAAGGACACAGGUGAUCAGAUUGCUAUAAAGCAGUGUCGUCAAGAACUGAGUGCUAAGAAUAAGGAAAGAUGGUGUUUGGAGAUCCAGAUUAUGAAGCGGUUGGAUCAUGUAAAUGUGGUGGCAGCAAGAGAGGUCCCUGAGGAGUUGCAGAAAUUAGCCACUAAUGACCUGCCUCUGCUGGCCAUGGAGUACUGCCAAGGAGGAGACCUUCGCAAGUAUCUCAACCUACUGGAAAACUGCUGUGGAAUGAGAGAAGGCUCCGUUCUGAUCCUGCUGCGAGAUAUAUCCUCUGCCCUCACAUACCUUCAUAAGAAGAGGAUAAUUCACAGAGAUCUCAAACCAGAGAACAUUGUGCUCCAACAGGGAGAGAAAAGGUUAAUUCAUAAGAUCAUUGACUUGGGCUAUGCUAAAGAGCUAGACCAGAGCAGUCUGUGCACAUCAUUUGUAGGGACUCUGCAGUAUCUGGCACCUGAGUUGUUGGAGCAGCAGAAGUACACAGUGACAGUGGAUUAUUGGAGUUUUGGGACUCUUGUGUUCGAGUGCAUCACUGGUUUCAGACCUUUUCUGCCAACCUGGCAGCCUGUACCCUGGCACAACAAGCUGAAGCAGAAGCAUGAGGAUGAUGUUGUGGUCUAUGAGGAUUUGGCCGGCGAGGUGCAUUUCUCCAAACACCUGCCACGGCCCCACAACCUCAACACUUUGUUAGCUGGCAGGCUGGAGCGUUGGCUGCAGUUAAUGCUGAGGUGGUCUCCUCAAUCCAGAGGAAAAGACACUAAGCAGAUCCCUAAAGAAAGUCCGGAUGGGACAGAAUCUGAGGAGAAGAGCAAGAAAUCUGAGGAAGGAGGGAGAGACCCACAGAGUGGAUCCACUAUCUGCUUUGAGGAAUUAGACCAAAUCCUAGAUCUGAAGCUAGUCCAUGUGCUGAAUAUGACCUCAGCAGAGAUUUAUACAUACUCAGUGCAGCAUGGAGAGACUGUUGCAUCCCUGCAGACACGAAUUGCACAAGCUACACACAUUCCUCCAGCUAGUCAGGAGCUGCUGUUGGAGGCAGGCCUUGCUCUGGAGCCUCAUCAUGAGAUCAUGCAGUGUGCUAUAGAUUACACUUUGGUUGAUGGUCGUCGGGCUGAUAUGCCGCUAGUCUUUCUUUUCAACCGUUCAUGCUGCAGCUAUGAACCUCAGUUCAUCCCUCGAAUUCUCCCUGAAAACAUUCAAUUCAUUCAGACAGAACCAAAGCGCAUGUUGCCCUACAGUGCUCAAAGACGCACAUAUGGCCAAGCCUGGCACACCAUAAGAGCACUGAAGGAGGACUGGCUGAAGUUGCAGCAGGGCCAGAAGGCAGCCAUUAUGAGCCUGCUGAGGCAUAAUGGCUUGUUGUCCAAGCAGAAGAAUGAGAUGGUCUCUGUGCACCAGAGACUCAAAGCUACGCUUGAAUUCUUCACUACCAGUCUGCACAUCGACAUGGACAAAUACCAGGAGCAGAGAGCCACUGGCAUUGCUUCAGAGAAGUUACUGAGUGUCUGGCGAGAGAUGGAGCAAGCUGCACUCAGCCAUGGCCAGACAGAUGAUGUGACAAUGUUGGAGGAAGAGAUGAUGAAAUUACAGACUGAUAUAGUAGACCUCCAGAGACACCCUUGGAGGAGUGGAGAAGCUCUGGAGUCUCUUGAGGGGAAGGCAAUGGACUUAUUCCGCAAGCUCAGAGAGAAACCCAGGGAUCAGAGGGGUACAGGUGAUUGUCAGGAGGUGGUGAAGCUGGUGGUCCAGGCAAUUCAGUUCUAUGAGAAAAAACUUAAAGAAUUUUACACACACCUCAGCAAGACAGUGGUGUGCCGACAGAGGGUGAUGGAGUUGCUGCCUCGGGUGGAGGGCAUGGUGAGCAGCAUGGCUCAGUGUGAACAGGAACUGCGUUGUAUGCAAGAAAAAAGACAGAAGGAGUUGUGGAACUUGCUUAAAGUGGCCUGUAGCAAGGUUCGGAGUCCUGUCAGUGGGAGUCCUGAUGGAGGGCGAACCCCAACUUCCUCUGGUCCUCCACUGCUACAGCACAGACCUCCUCAUCCAAACAGCCUUGUUAUUCUCCACCAACCUGUGCCAGGGCACCUUAUCCUGCUGAAAGAGGACACUGCCAUUAAGGAAUAUAGUUGCCAUGAAGGGGUGUACUUCGUCUGCACCAAUGUUUAGGUAGGUGGUAUGUGUCAAAGUAAUAUCCACAUGAAUGCCAGGACCCAAGGUUUUCAAGCAGAACAUUGCCCAGAGCAUCACACUCCCUCUGCUGGCUUGGUUUCUUCCCAUAGUGCAUCCUGGUGCCAUCUCUUCCCCAGGUAAGCAAUACACAUGCACCUGGCUGUCCCCAUGAUGUAAAAGAAAACAUGAUUCUCAGACCAGGCCACCUUCUUCAAUACAUAUGGAAUGGUUAAAGCAAUAUAAAUCUGGCAUGUUGGUUAACUAGCAAGCUAAGCAUGUUAAGUCCUUAGUUAUCAUGCCAGUUUUACUCAUAGUUAGCUACUUAGCUGAGAUGAAAUGGGCACUGCAAAGAUGGAGCAACUUGGAAUAGAAUUAUCCCUCCAAAUUUCCUGUAAAAACAACCAUCUUCUGUUGACUUGGAAACAUGUUCAGGUUUGAGGAAUGGAUUGAGGAACAUGACAAAGAGUUUAAAUUCCUCUCAACUUACAUAUAUAUAUAUAUAUAUAUA